GUUAUACAUACAUAACAUAUAUAAAUAUACGUGGUGUCUGAGUUAGCAUCAUGUGUGUACGGCGUACUUGCAUGCAUGUAUGAAUGUACGAGUGUGUUUCGUGUCUGCUGUUGUUGUUGUUGUUGUUGUUGUAUGUUGUCUGUUCAUUUAAAUCUGCCAGCCAUGAGGCGAAUACAGACUCUUGUAAUUAUAACGAGUACCAAUAUUAUAUUAUUUCACACAUUAUGGAUUACCUUUGGAGUAUUGCUACAGCCUAUUAGCGCCAGCCUCACCACAACAGAUGACCAUCGAUGUCCAAUCAUCGAACCUCGACCUGAUUUUAAGAUACCAACAUGUUCAGCAGGCCUGAGCAGUACGUCUAUAGGAUGCUGGAGAAAAGGUUGGGUUGUUGUCAUGUCAAUCACAUCUGGAGUCCGACGGACGUUUGUUAAGGGUUGUUUGAAAUACCUUAAAAAAAUGUGUCACAAAGCUAAUCCUUGCAUUUUGCAAUUACGCUCUCCUGCUUGUAAUCGUCUGGCUCCACACAUAUCAGAAUAUUCCAUAGAAUAUGCUUGUGUUGAUGCUACACCACCAGGUAAGCCUGUAAUAGAAGGCUUCAAUCCAGAGAUUCCAUUGUUAGAAAACGAGCGACUGCUCGUGUCAUGCAACUGGUCCGGAGGGUUUCCGUCUGCCCUAGUGCGGCUCUCCUGCGGUGCGACAAUCAGCAUUGGAGUUUCUGUAACCAUGCUCGCGAUAGAUGUCAAGCGGGAUUUGAAUGAUUUUCAGUGUAUUUGUGAAGGGCUUCAUCCAGGAAUUAGUAAAAACACAUCACAGUCAAUGACAGUUUAUUAUCCCCCAGCAACACCCAAAGUGUUUCCCUCAACAGUAUUUCCUUGGUUUGAGAACCAAACCGAACAGAUAAUUUGCCGAUCUGAUCCCGAAGGCAAUCCCCCACCAACAACAUAUGAAUGGUUUCCAACCGAAGGAAGCAGCAUGCAGGAUACAAAUAGUGAUGCAGAUGGUCAUUUGACAUUCCACCAAGUCAACAGGAAACACAACUUACAAGAGUUCUAUUGUGUAGCAACAAACCAAUUCACACAAAUGACCGAGAAGUUAGUCAAAUCAAAAGAGAUCACCGUCCACGUUACUUAUCCUCCAAUUGGACGUCCGGAAAUGAAAGUUAUAGGCCCAAACGAAUCUUUAUAUGGUAACGAAACACUGACUGUAGUAUGUGCAUGGAAAGGUGGAAAUCCGGAAGCUAAUCUGCAACUAACAUGUGGCAGUCUUAAUUACAUGGGUGUUUCGGAAGUAUCUGUUUUACUGGAGUUUAGUAAACACCUGAACAUUUCAUCAUGCACUUGCAAUGGUACACAUCCUCUAAAGCAGAUUGUCAAUACGCGCAACGUCAGCUUCAACUAUAUUCCACGGGGUAACAUCCUAAUAGAAGGGUUUGAAACGGAUAGACCAGAAACAGAAAAUACUACAUUAACAGUAGCAUGCAGCUGGAUUGGAUCCCAACCAGCUCCAAGAGUACAACUCACAUGUGGUGGUGUGAACAGCUCAGGCAAACAAGCAUGUGCAUUAUUUUUCUUUCUCACUCGACAUUUGCACGGAACGGACUGUGUAUGCACUGCCAUGUUUCACAAAUGGAAGAAGACGGUUACCAAACAGUUAAAUAUCUAUUAUACGCCAGGAAGUCCAAAGAUCACAUCUCAGAGCAGCUUACCGUGGAUUGCAGGAGAUGUGCAAACGCUUACAUGUCAUGCAAGACCUGGAAAUCCUCCAGACACACAAUAUAAAUGGCUCUCAGAAUCGGGAUAUUUAAUACACAAAGGAGAAACACUGACAUUUGAUCCAGUGACUCGCAUGGAACACCGAAUGACUGUAAUAUGUCAAGCUGAAAACAAAUUAUCUCACACAGUCAUUGGACGUCCCAAGACAGCCUCCGUACGACUAGAGGUGAAAUACCCACCUGGCCAGCCAAUGAUAAGCAGCAGUCAUGAUUUCCCCUGGCUUGAAGGCAGUGACCAAUCACUGUACUGUGAAGCGAAACCUGGUAACCCUCCCUAUGUGUUCUACAAGUGGUUUUCGGCCAACAGAGGACUGAUCCAUACAGGAUCCGUGCUGAGGUUCCACCCUGUCAGUCGCUCCAACCAUUCCGAUCGGCUGGCAUGCAGGGCAGAGAACACAUUCACAGUUAUGCAACAUGGCAAGCACAUAACACAAAGUGUUAUAGUGUUAGUUGAAUACCGUCCGGCAAUUGAACUGACAGAAAAUUCCACUGUCAGUGAAAGUCAAGACAUUACGCUCCAAUGUUCAGCCGAAGGUAACCCAAGUCCGCAAGUAUCAUUGCAAUUUGGAGAAGUUUUACAAAAUGACAGCCAUACAUUUGAGAAUAGUCCUAUGUUUCUGGAACUGAAGAAUAUCAGCAGAAAUCAAGCAGGGCAGUACACUUGCACUGCAAAAUCAGAAUCACAUGUAUACGGUGCACUAAUAUCAGAGAAAUCAAUGAACCUUGUGGUUCAAUAUUCUCCAGACGUGCAAGUGGUGACACCACCAAAUGCCACUGAGGGAACUCAAGUAAAUUUGACGUGCGUCGCUGAUGGAGAACCUAAUAGAUAUACAUACAGGUGGCAGCACAAGUGGGGUGAAAUUAUCCUACAAGAGUUCGACAACGUUGAGACAAGCUCAGAACCAGCUGUGUUAACUUUAGAAAAUGUAACAUUUGAAGAUGGCGGCACUUAUAGAUGCUUAGUUGAAAAUGGUAUUCCAGAUAGAAAUGGCAAUAUUAUGAAAUCAGGUUCAGCUGAAUUUAUCAUACAAGCUAAACCCGUUUUCGAGAUAGAUGCCAUAUCGAAUGUUUCUAUUGAAUAUGGUGGCAAUCUGAGUAUAUCUGUUAGCUUUUAUUCAUUCCCAGUCUAUAGCGAAAUGACCUGGUCUUUCGAUGACACGAUAACAUCUGAGCCAGACAUUAGUACAGAAAUACAACCGACAAUAGUCUUACUCUCAACAUAUGGCAGAGAAGUGACAGCCGAGGGACAUGCUGUCAUAUUCACAAUAACUGACCUGAGAGAAACUGAAAUCCGUACACUUAAUUUGAAUAUUAGCAACUCAGUUGGAACCGGUAGUCAUCAAAUCACAAUAAUUCCUGCAGGUCCACCAUUAGAACCAAUGGAUUUCACAGUUGUAAAUAUAACUCAUACAAGCAUCACAGUAAAAUGGACUCCAGCAUUUAAUGGAGGUUAUGAACAGCUGUUUUAUUUGUCCCACCGACCUAUUUCAUACGAUGGUGAAUGGAUAGAAACAAUCCACGCAGACCAAGGAAAUGGCAAUGAUAUCUUCGUAACUAUCAAUAACCUGAAACGUGGCGCUAAAUACGCUUUCUCGUUGCACACUGAAAACACACGCCCUGGCGAACGCAACAGAAGUCAAACUCUUAAGUUUACUACCAAAACUGAAGAAAUCCAAACAGUGAGAAUAUCACCAUCAUCAAUUACUACUGGAACAGCGUUAGGUUUUAUAAUCGGUGGAAUGAUAGCAGCUGCUUUAGUCAUCACUGCCUGUUUCCUGAUUGGCCGGAUUGCAUGCCGAGGAUCAAAUAGAAAUGAUUCCAUCCACAAGACAGACUCGUUCAUAUACGAAGACAUCGACGACAGCCACACAAGCCCAGUGUCAGAGCUUCGAACUAGCCUCGGUGAACAAUGCGACCACUACCACAAUGACAACAUCAAUACCUCCCCCUCACAUACACACGCCCAGCUGGAGCGUCUGGAUGUGAAGAACCUGGAUCGCCAGAUUUACGCCUCACUCCCCUCAUUGCAGAGAACGGCAAUGCAGAUAUAGAAAUUCCACACAUGACACCAAAGCAAAAUUUAAAUGAAGACGAACUUUGAAAAUUAAAUUAAAAAGAACUAUUGAGAAUUUUAAUUUUUUUCCCUUGGAACUGUUUCUAACACUCCAUACCAAAAUUUUUUUAAAAAAUGAAAUAUAUCUGCUAAUAUUUGCUGGAUAAUAUCAUUGCAUCGAUCUAUGCUAUCAAUUGGAUAGCAAAAGAAACAAAUUUGAAACAAAAAGACAUCAUGAAGAAAUAAUUUUCUGGUUUUAUUUUUUCUUAACUUUUUUCUUUUCAAAUUGGAGAAUUAACCUAAAAAUAUGAAAAGCAAAUGAAUAAAAAUGUCUUCAUACAAGGAAUAUCUAAACGAAGAACUAAUAAAAGAAAGAUAAUAUUUUAAAGUUUUAAGACAAGAAAGACCAAACGUUGAAGAUACAUUCAGUGGAGUUUAAUCGGCACUUUAUACCGUCAGUUCUUAUCAUGACACCAGUUGCAGUCAAGUAAAAGAUAUAUUCAAAACAUGUACUUACAUAUAUAUGUACCUAUAUAUAUAUUCUUUUCUACGAUAAGAAUAUAACGUCAAUAAAAUUGCCGGCUGAACUCUUCGACACUCCCUUCUCCUUCUCAAGUAAGAAUUUCCAAGGACUCGACCUUUGGUAACUUGUUGAAAUAGCAGAGGUAGCAAAAUUAUCUCAUAAGGAAAGUCACCAUACAAAUGCACACACAUAGCACACACUUACACAGACAUACAAACAUUAUACACAUUAUAUAUAUAACAUACACACAUAUCUAUAUACAUACAUACAUAUACAU